CGACCGUUAGGAGAGGGGUGGCAACUUGAAACAACUCACACGGCAUUCCUUCCUCGGCAUUGUUACAGAAUCUGAUUUAAGCCUCCUUUCUAUUGAUCUUACAAAUACAAGAUAGCACUUCAUUAGCUUUCGUUCCGCUGUUCCUCAAAUACUCUUUUCUGCUAAAGCAUAUACAUCCGUGGAACGGAAGAUUAUGGUAUUCGAUUUGCCAAUAUGGGAAAACCUCGUAUGAUCAUCUUGAUUAGGCAUGCUCAAUCGGAGGGAAACAAGAACCGUGAUAUUCAUCAAACUAUACCCGAUCACCGAGUAAAGCUCACUCCCGAAGGCUGGACACAAGCUCAUGAAGCUGGUUUGCAACUGCGAAACCUCUUGCGUCCAGAUGAUACCCUCCACUUCUUCACUUCUCCCUAUCGAAGGACCCGCGAAACUACAGAGGGAAUUUUGUCUACCCUGACCUCCGACUCACCGAGCCCUUCUCCGUUUCCAAGGCACUCUAUAAAAGUAUAUGAAGAGCCCCGCCUUCGUGAGCAAGACUUUGGUAACUUUCAGCCCUGCAGUGCGGAAAUGGAGAGAAUGUGGCAAGAAAGAGCAGAUUAUGGGCACUUUUUCUAUAGGAUCCCUAAUGGAGAGAGUGCGGCGGAUGCAUAUGACAGGGUGAGUGGAUUUAAUGAGAGUCUGUGGAGGCAAUUUGGGGAUGAUGAUUUCGCAAGCGUUUGCGUUCUAGUGACUCACGGACUUAUGUCUCGUGUUUUUCUGAUGAAAUGGUAUCAUUUUUCUGUCGAGUAUUUUGAAGAUCUUCGAAACGUCAAUCACUGCGAGUUCCUUAUAAUGCGCAAAUCGAACGAUUCCGGGAAGUACAUAUUGGAAAAUCAACUACGCACAUGGUCUCAACUGAGGCAAGAGCGUCUGGCGAUUGCCGCCGCAACCAAAACACUUUCCUCAACGCCCGAAAAUGGGCAAACCUCUGGAAAGGAUAAAGAAAAGGAGAGCAGACUACUGGGAGCCGGUCGCUCCCCUGCAGGUUCUUCUAGCCCAAUACCAACAAAUAAGAGAUGGGGUGGUUGUCCAAAUGGCUGCGACCACGGGAAGCACUACUACAAGAAGGAAAACUCCAUGCAUGCCAUGCAAUUGAAUGGUCGCCCAGUCGCCUCGGCAUCCGCUUCAUCCACGCAUAUAGAGACGAUCGCAGCCCGUCGACCCGCGGCCCGUCGCUGGCAAUCUUCCUCCGACGAAGACGAGGACGAUCCAAGGGGGAAAUCUGGGCCACCUGAAUUAGAUGUCCAAAAGAGUCUCGAGGAAACCGUUAGCAGUCCCGAUGGAACACCCAGCUUCAUUAGCAUAGAAGACCGACUAUGUAGUCGCAUUCGAAGUCCCAAUGAUUUACUUGGCAUACGCCAUGCGGGAAGAGAUGGAGGCGGAAGCGCUAGUGGUGCUAAUAGCGAUGCCGAAUUCAGCGCAGAAGAAGAUGUUAGGAAAAGGUUAGCGAAGGGGCGAAACGGCAAUAACGGGUUGGGAAUCUCAGUAUUAUCGCGGAAAUCAACAAGAGAAGAAUCAGAUGGGAUGGGAAAGGGAGUCAAGGCUGAUGCUUUAGGAGAUCAAAGUGAUGAUGGGGAUGACGAUGCAGGAGGACAGAGUGAUGAGGGUGGUGAGCCGAGUCCCAAAUUACUUGAGAUUCAACAAGCUGAAAUAUUGGACAAAAGUAUCAGGGGGAGCGUCUAUUAAGUCUAAAUUGUGAAGAGAAAAAAAUUACAGGGAUGGGAAAGAGAAUCAUAAUUUUGGGGGUUUAGGUACCGGACGAAAAGACAUACAUAAUAAGCGUAAAAUUUCGCGGUAAUCCUACAUAUCGAAUGAACGAUUGAACAAGAUGAGAGACGAUUACAAGUCAUGUAAAUCUUGGACUAAAUAAGAUGAGGACGAGGAAAUGGUUGGAUUUGAGCUCCAAUACCACUAUCACUCAUUUUGACCCUCGUUCUCAUCUCCGUGUCCAUGUAUUGACCAAAUUUUCUUUCAACCAGUCGUCUAGAAUACAGUAUCAAAUUUCAUAAUAUCCAAGUAUUUGAUAGCACGCACUUGUCCUCAGAUCUAAAUACACACCCGCUAAAAGAACAUUUGAUUUAAAUCGGAUCGCCUUCAUGAUUGAUUUCCUUCUUGGCUCUGCUUUUACACCUGUUACCUUUUCCGAGUUGUGCGAAAUGUGUAUUUACUACGUUGAAUGCAUUUGGAGAUGCACUACUACUCGAGUAGUUUUGUUCGCUUAUUGAUGGUGAUUCUAUGAUGUAAAGGGGAACAGACAGACCAAGGGGGGUAUAUAGGUAGAAGAGUAAAAGCAUCAUAAAAACUUACCUUGAUACGAUUGUGC